GAUAUUUGUUCAUUCUUUUGCCAUGGUUUCUGCAGGUUGUGAACAUACUGUGCUUCUGCUGCUGCUGCUGCUGCUCAGGAGUCAUGGCGCUGCUGUGGCAUGUGGAAACAAUGAGGACGGACAGUGCACCAUUCCACCUUUGGGUGAAGGCAUGUCCUACACACAGGUUUCCGCCGGUGGGGAUCAUACAGUGCUUCUCCGAAGUGAUGGUACUGCUGUUGCUUGUGGACACAACGAAGACGGACAGUGCACCAUUCCACCUUUGGAUGAAGGCAUGUCCUACACACAGGUUUCUGCAGGUGGGGAUCAUGCCGAUCAUGCAGUGCUUCUCCGAAGUGAUAGUACCGCUGUGGCUUGUGGAAACAAUGAAUACCAACAAUGCACUAUGCCACAUUUGGGUGAGGGCAUGUCUUACACGCAGGUUUCUGCAGGUGAGGGUCAUACAGUGCUUCGCCGAAGUGAUGGUUUCUGCAGGAGAAGUGCAUACUGUGCUCCUCCAAAGUGAUGGUGCUGCUGUAGCUUGCGGAGACAAUCCAUUUGGACAGUGCAACAUUCCCCCUCUGAAACCGUGGCGUGAGUUGCUCAGUUUUGCUCCCCGUCGCUACACUUGUCAUGACAGACUACGUUUCAGCGACCCUGUCGGUGUGCUGCAAUUGGAUCUUGCUUGUCAAGAUGAUGCGUUGAUGCUGACGUGCUCGAGUUUGGCUGGGCAUGAGGUGCUGUCCUUUGCAGCGAGUGGGUCUGACCUUGCUGUGGACACUCACAGGCAGAUUGCCCAGAAGUUGGAUUCCAACCUUCACAGUGUUCGAGUGGUCUUGCCGGAUGGACAGUUGUUGACUUCAAUCUACCAGACAAAUCUUGAUCUACAUUAUUUUUUUUACCGCCUUGUUUUCUCCAUGGUUGCCAUUGUCUGGUUCUCUGUAAACA